GUUGGAAGUAGUCUUGUUUAUCCGGGUCAAGGCACUGAAUCUCCAUCUCCUAGUACUUUGUAGCUAAGAAAGGCUACUACUGCCUAUCACUUGGAGAUAAGCCCACCCUCCUCCAGGCCCUCCCAAGUCUCGAAGUCUCUUUAGGGUUCCACCCAAUCCAGCCUAGCGCCACCCUUCGCCGCCCCUCCGCCGAAUUCUGCCGCCCGGCGAGUCCAACGGCUUCCUUCGUCUUCCCCUCUUACCCUUAUUUUCUCUCUCGCCAUCCCUCGUUUCGCAAUAGACUUACCAGACUUUAGACUCCGCUCCUUACACUAAUACACGACCGCUACGAAACGAUAAAAAGACACCACCCAGAAUGCCGCCCAUCCCUAUCACCAUCGUGACGGGCUUCCUGGGGUCAGGCAAGACGACCCUCCUCCUGAACCUCAUCCCGCAGCUGCCCGCGACCUACCGACUGGCGCUGCUGAAGAACGAGUUCGGCGACGUCGCCGUCGACUCACAACUGGCCUCCACGCAAUCCAUCUCCGGCGUACGCGAGCUGCUCAACGGCUGUAUCUGCUGCAACCUCGUGGGCCAGCUGAGCGACGCACUCGAGCAGCUCCGCACGGAGGUCCAGCCGGACCGCAUCGUCAUCGAGACCAGCGGGAGCGCAUUCCCGGCCACCCUGGCCAUGGAGGUCAACCGUCUGGCGCGCGAGAAUCCCGGCAGCUUCGUGCUGGACGGGGUGAUCAGCGUCAUCGACGUCGAGAACUGGGAGGGCUACGAGGAUACCUCGUACACGGCGAAGCUACAGGCCAAGUACACGGAUCUGAUCAUCUUCAAUAAGUGGGAGCAUGUGUCGGAGAUGCGGUUCGAUAUCUGUCUCGACCGCGUCGGCGAUCUGGAGGUCCCCACCCCCUGGGUCAAGUCGGAUCGCGGCAGGGUCGAUAAGGAUGUCCUGCUGGGCAUUGACGGGGCGUUGUUCGCUAAGGAAGAGCAUGCACAUGCGCAUGCUGGGCACGACGGGCAUACCGGAGAACAUGACCAUCAUGAGCACAACGGGGACCAUGCGCAUAAGAAUGACCAUCAGUCGGAGGUCGAGGUGCUCUCCGUCACGCUCAAGUCGGCCGACUCUUCGGUCGUCGACGUCGCGGCUCUGGAGCAGCUCCUUCGCUCCGCUUCCAAGGAAGAGGUCUACCGCAUUAAGGGUAUCAUGCGCUGCUCGACUAGCUCCCCUCCCGCGGAAUCCUCGGAGGAUGACGGCGCCGCGAAGCCUGCUGCUGUCGACGGUCCCGCCUCCCGCUACUACAUUUUGAAUUGGGCUUUCGGUCGCUGGACCUUCACACCAUCGGACGUUGUCGCCGAAAAUGCUGACCCCGCUGUGGUGGCCCGGAUUACGCUCAUUUUGGCUCGCUAUGAAUCCGCCAAGUGGAAGAAGAAGCUCGAAGCCGGUGGGCUUGUACGGGUUGGCGGGGCCAACGAUGCCGACUUGGUUGUGGAGCGACUGCUCUGAAUGUUUCCGACCUGCAUUCGACUUUCUCUUUUGCCUACCAUAUACGAUGCACAGGGGCUGGCUCCUGCGCAUAAUGACUGUUUGAACUAGACCACAGUUUCUUUUCGAUUUAUAUAUUGGCCAUAUGACUUUUAUGACGGGAGAACGAAGUGCGUGGAUGGAUCGCGGCGGAAAGGGUCGGU